UCAUCUGAUUCCACUCACUUUGUGCUUCUUUCUCAUAAUUUAUCCACCUUGCAAAAGAUAAUAAAAAGGCGAAAUAAAAUUACUCCUUUCUUUUGUUCCCCAAAGAUACCUCAAUCUGCAUUCGGUGAAUUUUGAUGGGACCCACCAAAAAAGGUUUGCUCGCUGGAAAGGUGGAGCUUGCGUGUGUUGUUGGGGUGGGAAAAUUAUAUUUCGUUAUGUCCAUGAGCACCAAGCAUUUAUUUAUUCCCCCCCACACUCCACUAGUGUACUGCUUCUUGCACAUGGCCGCCGACGACGAGGACGAGAGCGCCGAACCGAGGUCGAUCGUGCCGGUGAUGGCCCCCGGGCCGCCGCCUGGCAUCGAGAAAUCCACCCCGAGCCCCCUCCCCGCCGCUGUUCCCGCCGAUGAGGGCAGCGCGGUGGUGCGAUCGGUGGUGCGGAGGUGGAGGAGGGAGCACCUGCUGGAGAAGAGCGGGCUGAUUCUACGCGCGCUGGCGUGGAUCUUCUCGCUGAUCGCCGUCGCCGUCCUGGCCUCCAACCGGCGCGGGGGAUGGAUGAGCUUCGACCACUACCAGGAGUACCGGUACUUGUUAGCGGUCGCAGUGGUGGCGCUCGUGUACUCGACGGCGCAGGUGCUGAGGCAGGCGCACCGGUUAGGCACCGGCAAGGAUUUGGCGCCGAAGCAGUACUCCGGGAUUGUGGACUUCGCUGGAGAUCAGGUGAUUGCGUACCUGCUGAUCUCUGCAUCAUCUGCAGCAAUCCCAAUCACAGACCGCAUGCGACAGGAAGUAGUGAAUACCUUCACAGAUGCAUCAGUAGCUGCAAUCAGCAUGGCUUUGUUGACAUUUGCAGCACUUUGCUUAUCUGCUCUAAUAUCAGGCUUCUUAGUCUCUAAACGAAGUUAUUUUUAGAAUUACCAAGUUAGUGUGUUUUCUUCUCCUUCCUUUUUCUCUUCUUUUUCUGUUGGUCUGUACUAUAAGUUUCUCACUGGAUGCUGGUGUGAUCUGCCUUAUUUUGUUAAGACAGUAAAUUGGAGAUGUUAUUUGGCCCUUUCCUUUAUCGUUCAGAGGUAAUGAUAAAAAUUGCUGCA